AAUUCUUCUUCUUUUCUUCCAUAAAAUUCCCAGAGGAAAAUGACAGAAGGAAAUCAUUCCACAGUGACUGAGUUUAUCCUCGCUGGUCUGACAAAGAAACCAGAGCUACAGCUUCCCCUCCUGUUCGUCUUCCUGGGCAUCUAUGUGGUCACAGUGGUGGGGAACCUGGGCAUGAUCACACUGAUUGGGCUCAGCUCUCACCUGCACACCCCCAUGUACUAUUUCCUCAGUAGCUUGUCCUUCAUUGACCUCUGUCAUUCCACUGUCAUUACCCCCAAAAUGCUGGUAAACUUCAUGGCAGAGAAAAAUAUUAUCUCCUACACAGCAUGUAUUACUCAGCUCUUCUUCUUCCUUGUUUUUGUUAUAUCAGAAUGUCAUAUAUUGGCUGUAAUGGCAUACGAUUGCUAUGUUGCCAUCUGUAACCCCUUGCUUUACAAUGUCACCAUGUCUUAUCAGCUUUGUUCUUGCAUGGUAGCUGGGGUGUAUAUCAUGGGCUUGACUGGUGCCACAGCUCACACAGGCUGCAUGCUAAGAGUGCUUUUUUGCAAGGCUGAUAUAAUCAACCAUUAUUUCUGUGACCUUUUCCCACUCCUGGAGCUCUCCUGCUCCAGCACUUACAUCAAUGAGGUGGUAGUUUUGUGUUUCAGUGCAUUUAAUAUCCUUAACCCCACCCUGGCCAUCCUUGGCUCCUAUGUCUUCAUCAUUGCCACCAUCCUCCGCAUCCGCUCCACGGAGGGCAGGUCCAAAGCCUUUAGCACCUGCAGCUCCCACAUGUCAGCUGUCACUGUCUUCUUUGGCUCUGCAGCAUUCAUGUACCUGCAGCCAUCCUCAGUCAGUUCCAUGGACCAUGGGAAAGUGUCUUCUGUGUUUUACACCGUUAUUGUGCCCAUGCUGAACCCUUUGAUCUACAGCCUGAGGAAUAAAGAGGUCAAAGUCGCCCUAAAUAAGAUCCUUGAAAAAAAGAAGUUUCCUGUGAAAAAGUGUAUUUUGCCGUGGCAAAAAUUUAUAAUUUCCUGA